GAAAUAUAUGCAAAAACAUGUGAAAACACUCUCAUGGUGAGCGGAAUGGUCAGCUGCUGUCAGUUGCUGUCAAUUGCGUGGCAAGUGUGUUUUGUUGUUGUCACACAUGAUCAAUUGUGUGGGCUAGUGUGUCAAUGGGUUGCUGAAAAUAGAAAAACAUAGUUUAAGGUCUAAAAAAAUCCCCCAAAAAAUGUUUUGUUUUUUCUGUUUUUCUGUUUUUUGUGAUUUUGUUGAUUUUAAACUGUGUUUUUCGAUGUUUGCAUGAAAAAACCAUAGGAAACCUAACCCGGGCAGAUCUGAUCCACCACUUAGACUCAGUGAUUUGAAGGAUGGAGUGUCGGACCCGCUCAUCAUGCCAUUAGCUUUGGCCCAACACAGUAAAGUUGAGAAAACAGUGCCCUGAAAUAUCGAGCAACUACUACAUGGCAUCACUGUAGCUUUCCAGCCACAAUGGGCUCAAUGGAUAUCCAAGUAGAUCUCCAUCACCAAAAGUGCGUUGCUCGGUGCCGUUAUCCUCACAACAAACGUGUUGAGGAACGGCACCAAGCCGGCCAGCAGCGCCGACGCGACGGCCGCUGCCAAAGACAAGAAAAGUAAGAAGGUGGAGAGGGAAGUAUGUGGAGGGGCCCUCUUCAUUCACAAAGUUUUUUUGACGAUGUAGAUCUUCAAACACAAGAACCAACCUUCGCAGAGGCCUUUGUUAGCAAAAGAGGGCCAAGUGCUCCGUGCUUGAAGGCUCUUGGAGUUGGUGUCUCCGCUUUGUAUCCAGGUUUGUUCCUGGUCAGCACAACCAUUUCAGUUGUCGCCCAGACACUCCAACCAAGUUUGACACUUGUCCUUUUCCUUCCACAAGUGUUCGGGCCUUCACCAUGCAAGUGAGUUCACUUUUGUGGAUGCCCAACCUGUUCGCUGUCAGGAGGUAGCACGGAUCUUGGAUCUCCUUCCAGCUGCCACGUUGGCUUACUACAGGAGCAUGGACCAAGUGAUCCAUCGGGCCGGCUCCGGGUCCAUUGGGCAGGGGUGUUGAAUGAUGCAAUUGGUCAGUUGGGACGGACAGAGUGGGUUGGGAGAUUGGUUGCUGUGGGUUUGUAGAGCAUUAGCACAUUGGUGCUUGCACAGCCUCCUGUCCAUGUUUACAAAACGGCCACGGCAUUGACUGAUACGUUCCAUGGACGAAAUCGUUUCCCAUAAGGAAUGCAUGUUGGAAAGCAACUGCUAUGCCAAGUCAAUCAGAUUUACGGUUAGACCCUGGUUUCCAGGCCAACUGCUGUUUUUCCUCCUCCAACGCAGUCCACCGCAUUGCAGGAUGCGGUUCACCAGCGUCUUUGAGAAGCCACAAGUGAAGCGAGGCCUCUCGAGCACUGUGGUCUAUGCCAACCUUGCCCUGUUGGCGGUCUUUGCUCGGGUCGUUGCGCCCCGCUUGCUGGCAGCGGACAACUUGGACGAGUUCUUCGAGGCUGUUGAGCCGCUGGGAGUGCCCGACCGUGCUUCCUUGAUGGGUAUUUUGCAAUCGAUUGCCGACUACGACACCGCCUUAAAGAUCACACUCUACAUCGCGGCCUUCAUCGUGGAGAAGCUGCUGAUGCUUACGGAGUUCCUUCCCAUCCAGAUCGCCUUGAAAACAUUGGCUCCGAUCAUCUUUGGAGGCUUGGUGCAAGGUGCUUUGGCCUCAGCAACCACAGAGACCAUAGCUGCUUGCUGCAACUUCAUCAUCGGCCGAAACUUCUUCAAAGUGUAG